AUGACACAUGGCUUCAGAGGCAGAUUGCACGGCUACCACUCGGAAACCAACUGGAAAAGACACCCCAGCCACCUCCUUGAGUCCCACCAUACCCUUAUCUCCGGUGUCUCUGAAGCAGAAACAUCAGAGCUCCUCGCCCCCACCUCCCAGCCGGGUACAGCUACGAGCGGCUGGGAGGAGACCCGGCCACGUCCCAGCAUCCCGGCCCCGGGGCUCGGCGCGAUCUCCCUUGGCCGGGGGGGUGCAGUGUCCGCGGUGAAAUCCUUCCUCUCCUGGGCGCGUUCAGCCUCUUUCCCUACGUGCCGGGCGGCGGCUGCGCUGCAGUCUGUGCCCACAGCUGUGUGGGAGCGAGACCCGGGCGGGGGAGGCUGCGCCGCUGUCUCUUCACAAUGGGCCCCGCGGCCGCGUCCUGCCGGCGCCCGGGCGCUCCCACGCGGGGCAGAGACACCCGGCGGCUGCCCCGCUCCGCCUGCGGGCGCCACCUGGCCGGGCCCGGGGUCGAAGCGCUGCGGCGGGCGCGCCUCGGCCCCCCGCUGGCCGCACCCCCGGGCCGCGGCGCCGGCCGCUGUGUGGCUCUGCGAGCGGCGCUGCCGGGCGGGCGCCGGGGGCUCGGGCUGCGGGAAGUGGCCGCUUCGCCAGGACACAGCGUAUCCGCAAGUGCUGCGAACUGCGACACAGACACAGACAAGAAGAAGCUGCCGUGCACAGACCAGCAGAAACCACACAGAAGGCGCAGAGAAUAAAGACACAGUCUCACAAAAGAAUAUCAGUUUCUCUUUCUCAGCUGAGCAAGAACUUUCUUUGUCCAACAUCAAACCAGCUUCAGUGCUGAUAUGUGAUUACUAUAAAAGAGCUGUAGGGACAGAAACAAACUCUGCAUUUUUCCACUGAGGAGGCAAGAGGUCAGCAUACUUGUAUCAUGAAUGGAAGAUCACAGCGUAGCUUGGCUGUAAUACGCUGGAAGGAUUUUGGGACAAGCGUGGAAUGUGAACUGAGGAAAGAAGCCGGACAGCUUAUCUCCCUCUGACUAUAGACUGUUAGUAAAUGUUACACUUACAGUCUGACAGACCGCACGCUGUGACUGUGCAGUCGGUGACUUGGCUAGAUUCAGCUCUAGUGUGUAGGUCCCCUCCACGAACUGCCCCCAGAUCUAGAAGACCACACACUACCCUGGUUCCACGGUCAGACUGAGAACAGUAAUUGGUCAAAGCAUGUAACAUUUCCCAUAAUAAACUUCUCAAAUUCCA